AUGAACAUCUUUGAGAAAGAGAAUGGAAGAUAUCUCCGUGGCUUCUUUAAAACAAAGGUCAACAUUCUUAUAUCUGAUGUUAAAUUGAUGCAAAAAUCUAUUUUAGAUACAAAUACCAAAUUGGAUAUUAACUAUGAAGGAGAGAAAAGAAAGAACUAUGUAAUUUUAUACAAUCUUGAUGAAAAGUUGUUGGAGGAAAUUGCUGACAUAGAUCUUGAGUCAGAAGUAGUUGAAGUAUCCAGGAAUGCUAUGGUGAUUAAAACCUUCCUUUAUCUAGCAUGUGGUCUAUUGUUUAUCUAUUUGCGUUCAAAGGUUGAUUGUCACAUUUGUCACCACGAAGUUCCCCAUAUUUCACAUGAUGUAAUUGUUGAAAAAAUUGGUAGUAAAUCUAAAAGAAUUGUGUUGGAAGAACUGGAAAAAACGGGACAUGGGGAAAAAAACGAGAGGAAAAACGUGAGAAUGAGGCUAAAAAUUCAGAAUGGCCCCUCUGUGGUACUUCGACUUGAAACGCUCAAUGUUGGAUCACUGACUGGUCGCAGCAUGGAAAUCGCAGAAAUGCUCGAGCGUAGAAAGAUUGACAUCUGCUGCCUUCAGGAGACCCGAUGGAAAUCGAAUAGUGUCUGUCAUAUCAGCUCAGACAAAGAGAAAUAUAGACUAUUCUGGAAUGGUCAAAAGACGGCCAAAAAUGGUGUUGGAAUUUUUGUCAGAGAACCGAUAGCCCAAGAAGCGAUCUCAAUGGCCACGUUGGAGAGAAAACAGAUGGUUUUGACAACGUACAUGGCGGUUUUGGCUAUGGAGAACGGAAUGAAGAUGGCAACCGCAUCCUUGAGUUUGCUGAAAGUCACGGGUUUUGUUUAUUGA